AUGGCUGGAACCACAGCCAACGAGCUUUUCAAGAUGGUCAUUCCCUCGCCUCCGCGCGAACUAACGGGCGCCGCUCUGACCAAAGACAUCCCCAAAGACCUCGACCAGCACGGGUCCGUCUUCGCUGACCAGUAUCUAUCCCAUCUCUGCCCUAAAGACUUCAAUGAUCUCCAAAGACGCCAGUUCUUCUGUAUCCUCGACCUUCGUCGCCUCAAGCAUGCUGCCAACGAGAUAUUCUCGAAGAAGGAUUGGAAGCUCAACAUCAUGAACUUUGCCAAGGAAUUUGAAAAGAGCAGGAGCCUUAUCAUGCUGCGCUACGGUCUAUACGAGUUUAAGAACGUGAGGCCGUCUGCCGAUGUGCUAAGAAAAUGGAGAGCCGCGCACGGUCUGCAUGAUGAAGAGCCCGCCGACCGGCCCAAACCUGCCAAGGCUUCAAACAAGCGCAAGGCUGACGAUGAGCUUGACCACACCGCGGCUGCGGCUACCGAACUCGGUGGCAACAAGCGGCGCGCUACAGACAGAGACGCUGAUGCUGAGCGGGCGCCAUCAUACAGCAACAAGCGAAAGCCGUCCAUCAAUCACGAUCAAUCGUCGACCAAGACCCUUACCCCGUCCAUCACCAAAUCCGUCUUCGAGAAAAUCGCGUCUAAGCCGGCGACGUUCACGGCCCCGUCGACCAGCACCAAGCCCGUUGCGUCAUCUACGGACAAUAAUCUUGCCCGCUCCAUCCUCGACAAGAACAAGCUCGGCGGCGCGUCGGGCAACAUCUUUGGCUAUCUAUCCGAUGCAAGCUCGGCGAAGAAUAGUGGCGUUGACGCUGAUGGUGAAAGCGAAACAGAAUCCGAAGCCGAGGAAGAUGCGCGGGAAGCCGGCAAGGGUGCUGCCGCUGCCUCUUCGAAGGCUGCCACGAACCCAUUCGCUUCGAAGACGUCGAGUAUGAGCGGAUUCGACACCGGCGCGUCGAGCACGGCCUCCGAGGUCCGGGAGACGACACCCGGCCGCAGCCUCUUUGAUCGCGUUACCAAGGGCUCCGAUGGACAGCCUGUUCGCGUCAAUGAUAAGGAAGAAGAGGCAGUCGCGCCUGAGGUCGCGCCAGUCCCACAAGCCACAACAAACGGUGGCGUAAAGGGCACUCUUCCCGCGAACAAAACAUGGACACCGGACACUCCUUUGAAAUUCGCUGCCCAGCCCACGCAAAGCUCCUCGCUCUUUGGGGCCGCUAGCACACCAUCCGGUUCUCUAUUCGGGUCUAAACCUGCCCAACCAGCUUCAAAUCUCUUCGGUGCUGCUAAGCCUGCGAAGACGACGGAUGAAAAGCCGCAAGGUGCGGGUGACGCCGAUCAGUCCGGAGGCGAGUCAGACAAGGAGAAUGCCUCCCGCCCUGUAACCAAAUCCUUGGCUGCUCCGUUUGAGUCGACCAGGUCAAGUGCAACUCCUCAGCCGCCUACGGGGUCCUUGUUCAAAUCCCCAGCCCCGGAGCCGCCCAAAAAUGAGGCUCCUGGCGCUGCUGAGGCUCAGAAGCCGGCCGAGGCCGCCCCGCAGGUCAACCUCUUCGGCAACAAGCCUACCAGCGCCAACAUGUUCGCAGCUCAGGCGCAAAGCGGCCCUACGCCCGCAGCUUCCUUCCAGUCGUCCACUCUGUUUGGUACGAAAUCUAGCGAACCCUCUGCGCCUACCGAAACACCAAAGACAGCCAGUCUUUUCGGUACCACCUCUACACCACCAGGGCAGACAGGCACGGACUCGUCAAAGCCGCUCUUUGGCAAUGCUGGUGCCGCACCCACGGAGCCAGCCAAGACGGGCAGCUUGUUUGGCAAUGGGGCCAAGCCUGCCUCGGGCAAUCUCUUUGGAACCUCGUCCGGGGCCGGUAACUUGUUUGGCUCCCAAGCUCAACCGUCUCAACCCACCCCAACUUUCUCGUUCGGGGCCAGCACAACCAGUUCAGCCGCUCCCGCUCCUAUCGGAAGCCAAACUCCCAAGGCAAGCAAGCCCGAUAAAUCGGCCAUGGGGAAUGCUCUCUUUGGCAGUCCCAUGAAGCAAGACGGACCCUCCCCUGGCAAGAGAGGGUUCGGUGAUGCCAUGCAGGAGGACCAGCCCUCGCCCGUUAAGAAGCCAUUUGGGGCUGGAGCCAGCUCAUCUCUAUUCGGGUCUACCCCGGCUGCUGCCUCCGCCAACGGCUCGGGCACCGCCCUCUUUAACUUUGGUGCAACGCCCGCUGCAUCGAACGGCAGCGCGUCAUCACUCUUUGGGGGCAACUCUGCACCUGCUACUGGUGGUCUCAAUUUCAAUUUCACACCCGGUGGAGGAUCAGCGUCGGCUCCGUCCAGUUUCACUUUUGGAGCUGGUGCUGCUGAUAGCACACCUGCGGCACCGUCGGCUGGAGGCAUGUUCAACUUCGGAGCAACGCCAAGCCAACCCGCGACAGGCGGCAGCUUUACGUUUGCUAGCGCAAACCCGUUCGCUUUCAGUGGCACUCCCGGCGGCACGACGACGACGCCGUCAGGCCGGCAAAUCAAGAGGCCCAACUUUGCAGCGAGCAAGGCUAGGGCACGGAUGGGGUCGCCUGCGCCUCCGGGUGCUGGCUUUGGCGGAGCCCAGCCCAAUGCGGCAGCAGCGCCUGCUCCAUCGUUCAGUUUCUCGGCCGCCUCGCCGCAACCCCAAGGCGGGCAGCAAAACCUGUUUGGAAGCAACGCCAACGGAUCCUCGGGUUCCUUGUUCUCGGGGCUCCAAGCACCUCCCGGCGGCACGUCGACGACCGGCACCAGUAUAUUCCCCUUCAACUUUGGUGGGGCUUCCAGCCUGGCAACCACUCCUGCUACUGGCACUCCCGAGCCUACCGCGGAUGCGGAUGGUGUCGGUAGCACUACUUCUACUACUGCUCCUGCUGCCGCUGCCGCCGCGUCCAAGCCUACCCCUAGUGCAGCCACGGAUGGAGAUGCCGAAGCGCCUCAGGAACAGAUCAACCUAGUGGAAGGCGGGCCCGGUGAAGAAGAUGAGACUGUCGUGCACGAUGUCCGCGCCAAGAUUAUGAAAUUUGAAACUCCUGAGAGUGGAGAGGGUGAUGGUGAAGAGAAGAAGGCAAAGAGUCCUUGGUCCACUAAGGGUGUCGGUCCUCUUCGCCUUCUCAAGCACAAGACCACGGGUGCUGUCCGAGUGUUGUUGCGACGCGAGCCGACGGGCCAGGUUGCCUUGAACCGUGCGGUACUGCCUGGCUUCACGUACAAGGCAGAGGAGAAGUACGUCAAGCUGACCACAUCAAAUGACGCUGGCACUGGUCUGGAGACUUGGAUGGUGCAAGUGAAAACAAAGGAUCUUGCCAAGGAGCUUGCCGAAGCCCUUGAGAAGUACAAGUCGGCGAAUGACAAGAGCUAG